AACCUCCGCAGUAAGAGAGAGAGAGAGGGAACGAGGGAGUGAGGGAGAGGAGAGCAGAGCGGGAGAUAGAGAGAUACCAGGAGUGUGAUGGUUUGCACUCCUACCCAGACAGUUAGCCACGGAGGGAGCGCAACAUAGAGUUGGUGAGAUGAGUCUUCACAAACCUGCCCAUACGGUUGGAUGAGAAUUAAAGGGGGAUAAAGGGAGAAGCAGAACCAACAUCCCUGUCAGGACUAAUCUCAGUGGACUUUUUUUUUUUUUUUUUAUCUGUCUGGGACUCAGGAGGGAAAGAACAUCUGUCAGUUGUUUGUAUGUUCAUCAAUAUUCAAUUCCAGUUCUUGGAUUACUGCUGGGACAUCAACCAUCAGUUUCAAUCGGUCGACCUAGAUUUGUUGCAGAGCUGCGAGGAGAGGGGACAAGCGUGGUGGUGUGUGGACCAGCUCCGAAGCAUCUGUGUUUACCCUGCAUGGUCACUGAGAGAGAAAGAUGUGGCAUUGAAGGACAGACAGAUGAUGUAUGCAGCUCCUGCUACCUGAAGUCCAAUUCUUGUUUGGGAUCUUUUUGCAAAUCUGCUCUGUGUCAGAUGAACUCACUCACACUACCUCAUGAGGAUGACCUUCUCCUGAAUCGCUGAAUCAACCCCCCCCCUCCCGUGCACAUAUAAAUACUGGUGAUGUCUCAGUGAUCACACAUGUCAUGGUGAUUGGACACACAUGCGCUCUAAUAAUCUGCUCUUGGCACGCCAUCUCCAGUGAUUGAGGGUUCAAGCAUGUCGAGGGGCAAACUGGAGACCUGUGUUCGAUUUACAUGUCAAUGGCGGCUGGAGCCAGACGUACAGAGACUGAUGAGAAAGGUGGAGAGUGAAGGCCUGUUCCAUUAGUGCUCCCACGGGAGGACGUGGGCCUGGAUGCUGCCGGGACGCGCUGACCUCUCCUGGACACAUUCUGGACAUUACUAUGGUGUACACUGGGAAAUCUAUAUGGCCGAAUGACUGCCUCUUGGAGUACAAGCUAAUGGAUGUAAGUGUUUUUUCGUAUUUACAGAUCUGACUACUAUCUUUUCACUGAGGACAAAAAAAAGCAAGGAUUUGGAUCAUUGUACUAUGAACAGCACAUUCCAGCCCUGCACAGGGGAAAGAGUCUGUGUUUCUUUGUUUUCUUGGUUGGCUGUUACUCUCCUGCCUGGGAAUACCAUGAGAUUAUAAACAGGAGGUGGCUCCGACAUCUUAUCCCCAUUCCACUCAUCCAUCAGAGCUCCCACCAUCACCAAAAGCAAACGGACCAGAGAUCUGAGAAAAAGUCUGUAGAGGACAUUACCCUAUAUUCUUUGAAAGCCACUGGGUGCAGGUGGCUGAAUCCUUAGCUUUCUGACAUUACCAUUGAGGUCAGGAGGAAGACGCUGGCAGCCCAUAGAUGGUCUCUGGCGAGACGGACAGGUGUUUUUCUGGCUGUCAACCUCUCUGGGAGGGACAGGCAGUGAAAAGGAAAAGCCUCGUUGGGGGGCUCUGCUGGAGCGGAAACACUUUUCCAGAGGCUAUGUUUGGAUGUGAUGCUCGUCUCUGUGGAUGCAACAUGGACUCUAUGGCCUGAUUAUACAGCCCUGGUAUUCAGAUAGUGCUGGAGGGAAGGGAUAAUGCAUAUCCUUCCCUGCCCUGAACAAGAAGCCACCAUGAGCAACGUCACGGUCACCGACAACACUGAGCCCAUCAGCCGCACCAUGAGUCCGGCAACCCCCAGCCCGUACCCCUAUCCGGUUAGUUUCCAGGUCUCCCUGACUGGCUUCCUCAUGCUGGAGAUCCUCCUGGGCAUGAGCUCCAACCUCACUGUGCUCGCCCUCUACUGUAUGAAGUCGAACCUCAUUAGCUCCGUCAGUAACAUUGUCACUAUGAACCUCCAUGUGUUGGAUGUGCUAAUUUGCGUGUGCUGCAUCCCCCUCACCAUCGUGGUGGUGCUGCUCUCCCUGGAGGGGGACACCGCGCUCGUCUGCUGCUUCCAUGAAGCCUGCGUCUCCUUUGCCAGCGUCGCCACUGCUGCUAAUGUACUCGCCAUCACCCUCGAUCGCUACGACAUCUCGGUCAAACCAGCCAACCGGGUGCUGACCAUGGGCCGCGCCCUGGCCCUGCUGGCUGCCAUUUGGGUGCUAUCCUUUGUUAGUUUCCUCGUACCCUUUAUUGAGGUGGGCUUCUUCGCCCAGGGCCACACUGAUCUGAACCAGACGGCGGUGGAGAACGUGAUCCACACUAACCAGUACUACACAGAACUUGGCCUCUAUUACCACCUGCUGGCUCAGAUUCCUAUUUUCUUCUUUACCGCCGUCGUCAUGCUCAUCACCUACUCAAAGAUCCUGCAGGCGCUCAAUAUUCGCAUCGGCACGCGUUUCCACGCUUCACAGAAGAAGAAGGCUCGCAGGAAAAAGCGUCCGUCCAUGACAGCCAUGACGACGCCGCAAGAGGCCACAGAUGCCUCCCAGAGCAGCACCAGCCGCGUCCCCACACUGGGUAUGCGCACCUCCGUCUCCGUCAUCAUCGCCUUGCGUAGGGCUGUGAAGCGCCACAGAGAAAGGCGAGAGCGCCAAAAGAGGGUUUUCAGGAUGUCCCUCCUGAUUGUGUCCACUUUCCUGCUGUGCUGGACGCCCAUCACGGUGCUCAACACGGUCAUCCUGAGCGUGGGCCCCAGUGACCUAAUGGUCAAGUUGAGACUGGGCUUCCUGGUCAUGGCUUACGGGACCACUAUCUUUCACCCUCUACUCUACGCCUUCACCAGGCAGAAGUUCCAGAAAGUCUUGAAAAGCAAGAUGAAGAAGCGAGUGGUGUCGAUCAUCGAGGCAGACCCUACCCCUAAUAACGCCAUUAUCCACAACUCCUGGAUCGACCCAAAGAGGAACAAAAAGGUGACAUUUGAGGACAAAGAUGCCCGACAGAAAUGUCUGUCUUCUGGGGACAUUGAGUGAAGGAACUCUUUUUCUUUUAGGGUCAAUAAAAAGCAGCUAAAACUGACAUCAGGUCAUGAUGAAAAAGGGAAAAUGUUAAUCCAAAGCAGUAAUGUAAAUAAUAUGUGUAAUAGAAUGUACAAAAACAAGAGGUGGAUAAUUUAUUACUAUUUAUUGAGAACAAAUGUAGGUUUCAUAGAUACACCAUAUACUGUACUGUAGAUAUUGCAUGGCUUUUUGUAACGGUAGCAACAUACAGUGUACAUACAUAAUACAUGUACAGCAUAGGGUAAACAAGGUAUAUAAAUAGAGAGACAGAGACGUAGGUAAUAUUAUGUAUAUGUCUAUUUAUAAUAAAUUUCGUGUUCACUCACCUAACGCAGCAAAAAGGCUUCCUAUUCUCCCCUCCCCCCAAGUAAAGUGUUUGUGAUUGUGUAACAACUGUGAGAUUACUCCCAUUCAUCACCAUGCCACUUGCUCCGACACCAGACCUGCAAUCCCCCCGUGACCACUGACCUUAUUGCCAGGGAGCCCUCUGAGGGAAGGCGGCAGGCUGGUCAAACACGGAGAGACGGGAAUGGAAAGGAAGUAGCAAAAGUAGUGCAUGUUAUGUUGCUAUAGCCGAGAAAGCUAUGGGGGUACUGUUCACAAUCACUGCUUUUAGAGUUAAAGAAGAACACGUGCAUUCCUCAGACACAAUAGAAGACCAUGGCUCUCAUCACCUCGUAUGACAUAAACCAGAUGUAAUCAAAGCCUAGUCUGUUUCACUUUAACAGUCACGUCUUUGAGCCAAAUGGAAAAUCUACAGUUGCCUUAUUCCGGUUUGAUGAAUUGAGCAUGACUUUACGGUGGGACAGGGACUGUGACAGGGAGAGCACAUAUUGAACACAAUGAAGAACAAAUAUUGUUUUAAUUCUCAAAGUGAAUCCUCAGAUGUUAUGUUUUCAUAAAGAAGUUAUUUAAUCAAACUAAAGGAAAAUGUUGAAAAUGGUUGUAUUAUCAAAUUGUCUGUUUUUAAUAGCCCUAGCCGAAAACAACAAUGCUCUCCAAAUAAGCAAAUCCAUAACUGCAAUAAAGAACUCCUGCAAAAAUCUUAAAGCCUAAUAAAAGAUUCUGUUUACAAUC